AUGGAUACUUUUGAAGUUCGAACAGACGACCUUAUGGCUACUACAAAUGAAACAAAAUCUAUGAGCGAUGUACAAGACGAAGAAAUGACUUCAUUACGCGAUCAUUUCAAAGACAAAAUACGUAUCUUAUCAUCGAUCGGACAAUUCUCUUAUAUUUUAAAAAUUCGACUUGAUCAAUAUGAUAUUUCAUUGACAUUACAAUUGGAUAAGGAUUAUCCAUCAAAACUUCCUGAAAUAAUAAUAACUGCACCUCGCCUUGCUCCCGAUCAAAUCAUAGUUAUUCAACAACUUCUUCAGUCCUAUUGCGAAACAUUACUUAAUAAACCAAUGAUUUUAUCAAUUUAUUCUCGUCUUCUUCAGUGGUUCAAUGAAAAUAAUAUUCAAACAGUCACUGUUCAUUCAAAUGCUAGUAAUAAUAAUCAAGCGAAUUCGACUGUAUCCUCAACACAACGCUCACGAAAAAAUAGUAAAACAAGUAUUUCAUUAGAAACUGCACAACACAAUUACACCAAUGAACAAGAAACAGAACAUCUUAAACGUAGUUCUAUGAAAACUGCUGAAGACGUUAUAGCACGUGUUGAAUGGGAUGAUCUUCUCGAUAAACGACUUUUUCGUGUUGGAUAUGUUGAUCGUUUUCUUGGUAUGCAAGAAAAAUCAUUUGAUGAGUUUGACUUUAAAGUUGAUUUGUCAACUGUAAGUGAUCGACAUUCAAGUAUACUUGCUAUACCGAAACAUCGAAUACAAUAUUUUAAAUAUAAUAAUGAAAUCAUUUGGGAUAAAGAAACACGAACCGAUUUAAUGUUCGGUUCUACUGGAAAUAAACAAACAAUCUAUGAUGUCAUUGAAAGACAUAAAAAUAGUAUGGAAAACACUGAUUCAUCUCGGACGCCUGAUAACGAUAUCAUUGAAAAACCUAAUGUUACCAUUCCUCCACCACGUUACUUGACAAUUACUGACGGUGCCUACAAACCCAAUUAUUUUCUUUCGAUACCUAUGACCGAUCCUAUCUUCAUUUCGAAUUAUUCUAAUUAUCAAGAGCGUUUACUUUCAUCUUAUCCAUCAAUGUUCUCCUCGCAUACGAGUACAUCGAAUCUUCAUUUAACACUAUUAACAUUACAUAUUGAAACAGCAUCACAAAUCGAACAAUGUAUAAAACUAUUCAAUUCUCUUCAAGAUGAAAUUCGAUACCACUGCUCAUAUCCCGAUCCGAUUAAUCUAGAAUUUAAUGAUGUGAAUAUAUUUCACGAUAAAGUCUUGUAUGUUAAAUGUAAAAAAAAUCAACGAUUAGAGAAUUUACGAACAUUAAUCGUUCAACGUUUAACGGAAGAACAACAAAAACAAACUGUUCAUGGUAUUUUUUGUGCUGGAAAUUAUUACGAGUUUGUAGCACAUAUAACAUUACUAAAAUGUAAAAGAAAAUAUUCAUCUAUACAGCACGAAGAAACCAACGAAUUUAAUUUUGGUAAACAAACAAUAGAUUGUGUGCGAUUAUGUUCGAUUGGUAAAAAUGAAAAUAAUGAACAAAAAAACAAUUGUGUUUUUCAGCUCGAUUUGAGUUAA